AUGGAAAAGAACAUCUGCUAUCGGCAACGAAGGAGAAAAGAAGUCGUCUACGACGAUUGCGUACUCGAGGACUCCCUGUCCCAAGGUGACUGGCACAUCGAGGAGGACCCAAACGUGGACUACGAGAUGCUGCUCAGAGGAUUACGAGCCUGUGCUGAACGUGCCUCGAAGUCGCGCACGACAAACAUGGAUCGAAUUUCGAAGACCACCAAGGAAUUCUUGGAAAGAAGAAGGGCUUUGAGGCUUGAUCCGAAUGCAUCGCACAUUGAGCGGUUAGUAGCAAACACUAGCUGCAGAGAAGCGUUGCAGGAGGAUCUUUUGAAGUACAGGCAGAAGAAGAUUCUAGAAGCAGCACAAAGAAGAACGAGUCUAAAGAAGUGCCGCAGGGAUCUCCGCGAAUAUAAUAUUCCGCUAGCAACCUUGCUGAGCGAAGGCGGGACUCGCACGUCUUCUCGUCGUGAGAUGGAAAUCAUUACGGAGAGGUUCUACUCGAACCUUUUCCGUUCAUCAACUCCUGUGUCAAGCCCAAUCAUCCCCACUGGCGAAGCUCCACCACGGAUUCUCCCUUCGGAAGUACGAGUCGCUAUUAAGAGCAUGGAACCUGGCACAGCCCCCGGACCUGAUUUUAUAUCAGCAGACUUUCUUCGGACUGGUGGCCAUCCGCUUCAUGUAAUCUUAGCAGCGCACAUGACAUCCUAUCUUCAGAAAGAAAGGAUCCCAGACCAGUGGAAGACCUCGCGAACCGUUCUUAUCCAUAAGAAAGGUGACCGAGAGGACCUUCGGAACUACCGUCCGAUAUGCUUGCUGAGCGUGUUAUACAAAGUAUUCACCAAGAUCAUCCUCACACGCAUAUCUAGGACGCUGGAUGAAGCCCAGCCUCAAGAACAAGCUGGAUUCCGCCAAGGGUUCAGCUGCUUGGACCACAUCCAGACCGUGUCGAGGGUCAUAGAGGUUUGCCGGGAAUACCGCCUGCCCCUUGUUCUGACCUUCGUCGACUAUGAGAAAGCCUUUGACAGCGUAGAAACGAAUGCAAUACUGUCAGCGCCGGUCGAUCAAGGUGUGGACGCGUCGUAUGUGAGGACAUUAGCCAAUUGCUACGAACGAUGCACGACUAGGAUACAGCUUUUCCACCGCCCUCUCACCAUACCCAUUGGAAGAGGGGUACGACAAGGCGAUACUAUAUCGCCGAAGCUGUUCACGGCUGCAUUGCAAUGGAUAAUGAAAUCACUAUCCUGGGAAGACAUCAUACGUAUUGAUGGAAGAUUUCUCUCCAACCUUCGUUUCGCGGACGACAUCGUUCUCUUUUCGAGCAGUACCAAUAAAGCAGAAACAAUGCUCAACGAAUUGAACGAAGCAGGGAAGAGAAUAGGACUACGAAUAAACAGAAAGAAGACACAGUUCAUGAAGAACGCCCACUGCGAGGACGGAGGAGUACAACUUGAAGGCUCCCAAAUCGUGGAAACUCCGUAA